AUGGGCUCUCUCAUGGCUGGCUGGAGCUCCCAUGCGCUCGACGACGACCUCAAAGUUCGUUUUAUGAGGAACCGGUCGCUGACCAAGGACGAGGUGGAGGCCUUCUGGAGGCAGCACAAGAAGCCGGCGCCGGAGGGCAACGUCGACGGCGGCGAGACCGUCGUCGCCUCCUCUCCCAAGGGGAGCCCGAGGUCGACCCCGCGUCCGUCGACUCUGUCUCAUGUCCGUUCGUCGCCGCCGGUGAUGACUACUAGCGUGGACGGUGACGGCGAGGCUGCCGCUAGCCCCAGCGCGAGCCGCGAUUGGUGGACGAGGAGCAGCUGGGCGUUCCUCAACGAGCCGCCGCCGCCGCCGAAGCGCGAGGGAGCAGGCGUUAGGCAAGGCGCCGCCGCCGCCGUCUGA